GAGAUCACGCGCCACAACAAUGCUGGAGUCCACUGAAUAGUUUACAAUGAAACAAAAGAACAUGACUUGUUUGUCUUAACUUGAAGAUGUUGUGAUACAGUCAAAUAACUAAGCAUGUAAAAGUAGGUAGGACGGUGAAAAUUUCCAAUUUAAGAUGUGAUAGUGGACGCCAGACUACUAUUGAACUACAUUUUAUAUUGGAAUCUUGGUUACUUGGCUCUUGGUUGCUUUAUCAGUUUCUCUUGUACUGCAAACAUGAUGAGGUCCAAUGAAUGUUGCAGUUAUGUUGGUGUUGAUAAUGGGUACUGGAUUUGCAUCUGGUUUAGAUCCAAAUUUCUAUAGCAGGAGUUGUCCCAAUGUGGUGCAAAUCGUUGCCACAAUUGUGAACAGGCAUUUGAAGCAGGAUGUCACAAUAGCAGCUCCUCUUGUUCGCUUGUUUUUUCAUGAUUGCUUUGUAGAAGGUUGUGAUGCAUCUGUUUUGAUAGUGUCACCGAAUAAAACUGCAGAGAGAGAUGCAACACCCAAUUUUUCUCUCAGUCAGUUUGAUUUAAUCGAUGAGAUCAAGAGCGCUCUUGAAAGGACAUGCCCGGGUACUGUUUCAUGUGCAGAUAUUCUUGCUCUUGCAGCAAGAGAUGCAGUCUUACAGACUGGAGGACCCACAUGGGCUGUCGAACUAGGAAGAAGAGAUGGGCUAAAAUCCAGUGAUUUUGAUGCAACAACACACCUUCCUUCUUCCAGAUCAGAUGCUCAGGCCCUCAUCAACAGUUUCGCCUCUAAUAGACUAAGCAUCAGAGAUCUAGUCACUCUCUCAGGAGCUCACACAUUUGGGAAGACACACUGCAGUUUCGUUGGAAGGCGUCUGUAUGACUUUACCAAUAAUGGUGGAAUUGAUCCCACACUAAAUACAACAUAUGCAAUGAGCUUGAAAAAGCAAUGCACAGCCCCCGUCAAUCCCAACACAAUUGUGCUUCUGGACCCAUCUACUCCAAACAGGUUUGAUAACAUUUAUUUCAAGGAACUAUUACAAAAUCAAGGCAUUUUUUCCUCAGAUUCAGCUUUGGUUCUAGAUCCUAGGACUAAGGUUUUUGUCACAGAGUAUGCCAAUAACGAGGAUUCUUUUAGAGACCAAUUUGGUAUUGCCAUGAUAAAAAUGGGUAGGAUUGGUGUUCUAACUGGCCAACAAGGCCAGAUUCGUAAGAGAUGUGAUAUUGUAAAUACAUUAUUUUAGUUAAGAAUUUCAUGCACAGAGUAAAUCAAGGAUUGUUAGGUAACUGGAAUGCAGACUUCAUGAGGUGAUCCAAACCUUAUCAACUGUAAAUAUGCCAGAGAACCAUGAAUUGCUUUCAUUAAAGUGGAAUUCACGAUGGCUGGAAUUAUGAUAUUUAAAGAAUUUAAAUA